AUGACAUCCGAGAAAUUUCAGGAGUGGCUGUCACGGGUGUGGGGUCCAAACACCUACGACGCGAGGUGGUUGUUGGUAUUAGACCAAGCUCCUAUUUACAAAACGCAGGCAGGAAAGAAUGCCGCGGAGGAGCGAGAUACAGACAUUGCAUAUGUGCCGGCUGGACGCACAACUUUACUGCAGCCAGCCGACGUGUACUGGAACUGGUCUUUCAAAGCCAGCCUUCGAAGGAGCUGGGAGGAAUUCAUGCGCAUAGCAGAAAGAACUCUGAAAGAAAAUCUGCGGAAACAGUCGCGUGACGACUUAUUGAAUUUGGAGGCCGCAGCAUGAGACGCUGUAUCAGAGACGACCAUUAUUCAGAGUUUCAAGGGCUGCGGAAUAUUGAAUGCACUGGACGGAUCGGAGGAGGGCCUUCUACACGGCCAGUUGUCCAGCGUUGGCAACAUUCGUCCAGACGAUUCUGAGAAACUGCAGGCUGAAUGCUACAGCCUGUUGUCUGACAUAGACUCUGAUGGGUCCUUUGAUAGAUUUAAAAGUGAAUAA